AUGGCAAAAGCAAUUCCUGGUCCGAAAGCCAAACCCCUUGUGGGUCAUUUGUUAGAUCUUAUGGAUGAGGAGGCUCCGCUUCGAGCAAUUGAACAUAUGGCGGUUGAAUAUGGCCCUAUCUACAAAUACACCAGAGGAGGAAAUCGAAUAAUUGUUGUUAGUUCCGUGGAGAUUAUGGAAGAGCUUGGUGAUGAAAGUCGAUUCGAAAAAGCACCACCAAUGGCACUUGGGAAAGAGGAUGAAUGGCCCGCAGGUUUAUUUACAGCUGCGAAUGAUGAUCCAGAUUGGGGACAAGCACAUAGAAUUCUCGUGCCCGCCUUUGGACCUUUGGCUAUCGAGGGGAUGUACGAUCAAAUGCAAGAUAUCAGCACUCAAUUACUCUUAAAAUGGGCUAGAUUGGGCUCCACGGAACCGAUCAGUGUAACGGAUGAUUUUACUAGACUAACUCUCGAUACCAUCGCUCUUUGUGCCAUGGACUUUCGAUUCAAUUCUUUCUAUUCAAAUAAGAUGCAUCCAUUCGUUGAUGCAAUGGUGGGGUUUCUAUCUGAGUCUGAUGAUAGAGCCAGACGACCAGAGUUUCUUACCAACCUGAUGUGGAAGAAGAAAACCAAGUUUAACCAAGAUCAAGACUUCAUGAUCGAUGUUUCUAAAGACCUGGUACAACAUCGAAAAGAAAAUCCCACAGUUAAAAAAGAUCUUCUGAAUGCUAUGCUUAGCGGAAAGGAUCCUCAGACUAAGGAUGAAAUGAGAGAUGAUUUGAUUAUAGAAAACAUGAUCACUUUCUUGGUCGCUGAUGCGUUAUGGACUGAAGGACCGGUUCGUGUAGAACAUCUUAAUAAGCUUGAAUAUUUGAAUGGUGUUCUCAGAGAAACUUUACGACUUACGCCAACUGCUCCGACAAUCACAAAACGGCUUGUCAAAGGUGUCACCGGGGUGAAGGCAACUCUUUGUCGUGAACAAUAUCAAAUCGAACCAACAGACAGUAUUCUCGUAAUUCUUGGUGCCAUGCAACAGGAUCCGCAAGUUUAUGGAGCCGAUGCAAAUGAAUUCAAGCCAGAACCUAUGAUGGGGGAUAAUUUCAAGAAUUUGCCAGGCGCGGCAUGGAAACCAUUCGGAAGUGGUGUUAGAUCAUGUAUUGGUCGUGCUUUUGCAUGGCAAGAAGCGUUAAUGAUCACAGCCAUGCUCCUGCAAAAUUUCGAUUUUCGUCUUCACGAUCCGGGAUAUAAAUUACGCAUCAAGCAAUCGCUUACUAUCAAACCAAAGAAUCUUAUAAUGCGAGCUACACUUCGACAUCAGAUGACGGCUAUGGAUCUAGAGCAUCUCUUAAGAGGCCCUCCAUCGUCAAGUCUCAAUUCUGUAGACUCAUCAUUGGCACCCGCUGCAGAAGUACCAGACAUUUCGAGCCUAAAUCUUGAUUGCAAACCCAUGACAAUUCUCUAUGGCUCUAACACAGGAACAUGUCUUGCUUUUGCACAGAGAAUGGCUUCAACUGCCUCGGGGCAUGGUUUCAAAGCCAAGGUACUUGAAAUGGAUAGUGUUGUUGGCGAACUGCCUACAUCUCAACCAAUAGUCAUAAUCACAGCUUCAUACGAAGGUAACCCGCCAGAUAAUGCUGCAAGAUUUUUCAGUUGGCUCGAAAAAUCAGAACCUCGCACGCUAUCAGGAAAAGAAUUUGCGGUUUUUGGUUGUGGCCAUAGUGAUUGGAAAUCUACAUAUCAAAAAGUACCAACGAUAGUGGACAACCGUAUGGCCGAAUUUGGAAGCUUAAGACUCGUACCAAGAGGCCUCUCAGAUGCCGCUAAAGGAGAUCUCUCCGGUGAUUUCGAUGAUUGGUCCAAUAAAAUCUUCUGGCCCAAGGUCAGCCGCGGUUCGAAAUCUCACGGCUCAAUUGCAAAUGCAGGAAUGAACAUCGAAAUAUCAACUCAACCAGGCGUCACAAGUCUCCGGCAAGAUGUCCAAGAUGGUGUUAUCGUUGGAUCUAAAGUAUUAACCGCACCCGGAACACCCGAGAAACGACAUUUAGAAAUCGAACUCCCUCCCGAUAUGAUAUUUGAGAGUGGAGAUUAUCUUGCGGUUCUUCCGGUCAAUUCAAAUCAGAAUGUGAGAAGAGUGAUGAAGAUAUUUGGUUUAGCUUGGGAUUCCACGAUUAUUAUCAAGGGACAGAGAUUAGGAACUUUACCUCUUGAUACUCCGCUUUCUAUCAGGGAUAUUCUGGCUGGGUAUGUAGAGUUAUUUGAGCCUGUUAGUAAAAAGGUUCUUCAAACCAUGGCAAACUCAACCACCGACGAAACUGCAAAACAAAGCCUCACAGCCACGUCCACCGACCCCACCAUCUACGAACGCGAAGUCCUCACUAAACGUCUAAGCAUAAUCGCUCUCCUAGAAGCCUACCCAUCAGUUAAACUCCCCUUCCACUCCUUCCUCUCUCCCUCUCCCCCCUCCGCGUCCGCUACUACAGCAUUUCCUCCUCUCCGCUCUCUUCCCCCAAAACCUGCACCAUCACCUACAACGUUCUAUCCGUCCCGUCUCUCUCCGGCCCCGGCUACUAUGCCGGAAUCUGCGGCACACAUUAAGGGAACUCCUCUCUUGAUGUUUUGUGCUGGUACCGGAAUCGCUCCAUUUAGAGGCUUUAUCCAACAAAGAGCCAUACAAGCCGCCGCAUCCCCGGAUCGAAACCUCGCUCCCGCAAUCUUAUUUGUAGGAUGUCGUUCCUCGAUUUCUGACCGCUUAUACGCACAUGAAUUUGAUAAAUGGGAAUAUCAGGGUGUAGUUGACAUGCCGUCUUCUUUUUCCCGCGAAUCCGACCCAGACACAGUACCCUAUGUUAAUGGGAAUGGGAAAACUCCAAGUGGGAAACGGGACAGGCAACGGGAGGAAUGCAAAUAUGUACAAGAGAGAAUGAUGAAGGAGAAAGAUAAGCGGGAUAUAUUAAAGCUGUGGGAUGAAGGUGCAAGGGUUUAUGCAUGUGGUGCGGGAGCUUUUGUGAAGGAAGUUGGGAAGGCGGCCAGGGAAAUUGUGAGGGAGAGGUUGGUGUGGGGUGAGGAUGGGGAUAUGACGGGGGAAGGAGAAGGGAUGGAGGAAAAGGGGAUGGAGGAGAGAGAGGAGAGGGAGGAGCGGUUAGAUAGGGCGUUUGAGAUGGCGCUGGUGGAUAGGUGUGCUACUGAUAUUUUUGGUGGGUAUUGUAUUUAG